AUGAAACCAACCAAUACAAAAGAAUCUACACAUCAACCAAAAGCUACUGAACACAUUGACAAUCCACUUACAUUGAACACUGAGUUAUUAGUUAGCAAUUAUGAAAAUUCUCAAUCAGUUAAAAUAUCAGAAGAAGAAAUAAAAAACAAUUUAUACAAAGAAUCAAUAUCAUUAGUUACAUCUACAGGAUCAACAAAUAAACGAUCAAGAUCAGCUUAUACAAAUUUACAAUUAGUUGAAUUAGAAAAAGAAUUUCAUUAUUCCAAUUAUCUUGGACAACCGAGAAGAUUAGAAUUAGCUGAACAACUUGGUUUAUCUGAGCGACAAAUAAAAAUUUGGUUUCAAAAUAGACGAAUGAAACAAAAAAAAGAAUAUAAAGAUAGUAAUGAUAAAAUGAAAUAUGACGUUUAUCCCCCAUAUUAUUGUGAGAAUUACAAUUCAUGGUAUCCUAAUUACUCAGUGAAUAUUAAUCCACAAGAUUCAUUCAAUUAUUAUCAUACAACAUCGUCAAUUUCACCGAUAUGGUCAACAGGAACAGUAUCAAUACCACCUCGACCAUUACAUCAAAUGCCAAUCUCUUAUCCAUAUCCAUGCACUAACUACAUCAUUCCAUCAAGUCAAUCGCCAUAUUCAUUGGUGUCCACAUCGAUUGUUACAUCUAACUCGGUUGAUUUAAACACCAUGAUCAAUUCAAAUGAAGCGGUAACUAAAACUUCAAUAAUCAAUGAUUCUGUAAAAUGUUGGCCAAAUUCUCUUUCAACCAUUAAUUCAUACAAUACAGUGUCAUCAGGUUCAAAUAUUACCUCUUCUAACAUUCCACAAUCUCAUUCAUCUUUUAGUGAUCUGGUAACCUGCGACAGAACAACUCCCGCUAUAGAUUUAAACAAAAUUGAAACAAAUUAUGCCAAAACACUGACAUACAAUUGUCUAGCUAAUGAAAAUCACCAUAGACAACAAUUCCCUAAUCUUGUCCAUGGAUCUGAAAGGCAAAUCUACAACUCUAUGAAAAAAAACACAGUUAUCCAACAGAAGUAUACUGUCAACAUCUUAGUUCCAGUGAAUUUGUACACCCAUUUUAUCAGCAGUAUGAUUCAAGUCAGUGUUAAAAGAAGAAAGAAAUGUUGA